AUGGCUUCAUUGAAACGCGACAUUCCAGACCGAGGAGGAACAAGCAGGCCCCGUUUCACUUCCAACAAAACCGCUGAUCGGUUGUGGGAAUGUGAACAGCGACCUUCGACGCCGUCGAGAAUAAAGCCUCACAGGCAGUCCAUUUUCAAAGAAGAGGGACUCGAUGACCUGCAUUGCCCCAUCCAUCCUUCCCAUACCAAUAACGCGACUGAUAAUUCGACUCCCUCGUUUACGAUUACGAGGCCAGGUACCCCGACAACAUUCGAUGAGAUCUUAGGCAAUGACGGGGAAAGAGAAACCCCAGAGUCGAGGGCGAGGAGAGAAAACCCUUCGUUGUUUUCGAAGCUUGUCAAGGGACAGAGGCCAGUUAUAAAGAGCUCCGCAACAGCCCCUCCAGGCUCAUUCCCCUCGGUGCCCAGAACUGCAUUGAUUGCUUUCUUGAUUGCUGUGGUAGUGCCCGGGUUUCGGUACGGUAAUGGCAUUAUUAGCGGUGCAGAUGCGGGUUUAAUACCAGAAGGUAUUCUGGUCGAUAAUGGGAGCACGAUAGAAGGAAGAGCCGAUAGUCCGACCGAUGUCUGUACGAGAUGGGCUCACCAGGGUAAUGCAGCCCAUUCGAUAUCCUCAAUCAUGCUGGCACCUAUUGAUCGCAUUCCAGACAACAAUUUCCUCUCGCUUGACCUUACAAAGUCCUGGCAGGUGGCUUCUCCAGCAUUAACAGGUCUUCCACAGCCUUCGGGUCCACCUGCAGUAGCUCUAGGCGCAUUAUGGAAUUCUUACAACUCAUUGUUCGUCUACGGCGGCAUGUUCUCAGAUAGCCCUGCGGUCGAUCCGCUACCUGUAUCGACGUGGGAGUACAACAUCAAAUCCUCGCAAUGGACAGAACAUACAAACCCGCAAACCUCCCCAGGAAACUAUUCUGACGGGGGGGAUCAACCGGUUCAGAGAGCAGCUGAAGGGGCUGGACUUAGUGUUCCAGAGCUGGGAAGAAGCUGGUACUUUGGCGGGCAUCAAGACAGUCAUACGACUCAAGGUUGGACAACUGAGGUCUGGAGGAUAUACUUGAAGAGCUUUCUCGAGUUCACUCACCCUGGAUAUGCCAAUACUGGUGUAACUUCACUGGGUAGCUCGAAAGCUGCGGGCUCAGAUGGCGUUUAUCGAAACAUCACUCAAGGUGGUAUUCAGGCAGAUGAUGGUUUUACUGAGCGAGCAGAUGGCGUUCUGGUAUACGUUCCUGGCUGGGGUGAUGAGGGUAUUAUUCUUGGGUUGGCAGGAGGCACAAAUACGACUUUUACGGAAAUGAAUAUCAUCGAUAUAUACGAUGUUGCGAAUUCCACUUGGUAUAAGCAAUCCACCUCAGGUACUAGCCCUCAAAUUCGCGUCGAUCCUUGCGCAGCGGUAGCAGCUGCGCCUGACGGAACGAGCUUCAAUGUCUAUCUUUACGGGGGACAAAACCUCAUACCCGCUGAUAAUCAGACACAAUUCUCUGAUAUGUGGAUCCUCACCAUCCCAUCAUUCACCUGGGUCCAAGUUGAUAUGAAUGGUCAAUCAGAGCCCCCUGCCCGAGCAGGUCAUACCUGCACAAUGCGAGAUGGCCAGAUAGUGGUAGUUGGAGGCUAUGUAGGAAAAGACAUAUCUUGCGAUAGUCCAGGGAUCUACGUCUUCAAUACUUCGUCUUUACAGUGGAGUAAUAGCUUCACAGCUCUCGCCUCAUCCGGUAGCGAAUCCGAGACCCAACAAGCCCAAGAUUCCUCUGUCCUUCAAGGCUCAGUAGGCUACGAAGUACCAGGCCUUGUGCAAUCCAUCAUCGGAGGGUCAUCACAGGGAGGCGCUACAGCAACCUCACCAGCAGCCGGCUCCGCAACCGCUGGUCCUAUAGCUACAGGAAAGCCACCUAGUUUCACAGUAACAAAGUCCGGAUCGACAGUCGUCCAAACAUCCAGUCCAACAGGAACCAGCGCAUCAGGCGGGGCAGGACAGUCAUCCACAGCCAGGAAAUCAGGACCAAACGUCGGAGCAAUCGCAGCCGGAACAAUAGCAGCAGCACUAGCAGUCUUAGCCGGCUACCUAGCAUUCUGUACUUGGCUCUACAGGCGACAACUAAACCGCUACAAGAAUCACGUUGCAAUGGCUCAACGAACAGCAUUUAACAACAGUCCUGAAGGCGUUUCCUGGACUGGCAGAAGCAGCGAGAAAGGAGCAGGAGCAGGAGCCGGUGCUUCGCUAGGACCCUUCGGCACAUCCGUUGGUGGAUCAGGAAGUGCAGGACGGCCUUCGAAUGUCGAGAGUAGCGGCUCUGGACUCACUUAUCCCAGUCCGUAUUCAGGCGCCACUGGAACACCGGCGUCGUCUAUACCGACGCCGGCAGAUUCCCGUACGGGUGGAUAUGGUGGUGGGAGUAUGCCAGGCGGUGGUGCUGCCGGCAACGGGUAUGGACGACUUAGUGAAGAAGGCUCGGAAUACCAUGGUGCUGGUGCUGGGUUUGGACGCACGCCGGGGGGUCGGCAUAGUGGGAGCAGCGCGCAUUCUUCCGCGGCGGACUUAUUAGGUGGGCAGGAGCCGAGUUUCUUUAAUGUGGUGAUGAAUCCCAGGAGGACGUUAAGGGUUGUGAAUUCCGAUUAG